GUCCUUUCCUCCCCUCUCCCUCCUCCUGCCGCGGAGAAAAGUUCCAACCCUCGAUCCCUCUCCUGCUCCGCAACUUCCUCGGGUACUCCCAGCUUAAUUCAGAGUUUAGUUUCCCAGGCUCGUUUUAAACGCUGUGGACUUUUCUUUAAUAUCAGCGCUUCAGAAGUUUUGGAUUCUUUGUAGCCACUUCCCCACUCCCUGCGAUUUUUAUGACCGCUGAUAUUGUGACUUUGUUCUCUUUGUGAGCAGCAGUAAACCCCUGAAACCAGUUUCGCUUUCAGGCUGUUGCUGGAAAUGUUUGAAAUGUUUAAAAUUUAGCAAUCGCUCAAUUUCUGCCCCAGUGUGGCUUUAAAAUUUAAAAGUCCUGCCACAAAGCGUAUGCUGAUUGUGGUAAAAACUCCUGUGCGUGCAAAAGUAAUUUAUUUUAAAACACCUAUUAAAAUGUGGGUGGCAACCGUUGCGAUUUUUCACAUCUAACCCCUGUUAAAACUAAAAGCUGCAGGGCAAGCUCCUGUAUUUUAAAUUAAAAUUAUUUUACAAGUCUGAGAACAUGCAUUUACUUAUUUAUUAUAUUUAACAGUUUGCUUUUGACUUGUAAGGAAUGGAAUAAGAAGGCUGUGAGAGAGUCUAAUCUGGAACAUUAAGUGGGAACUAAAACAAUAUAUUCCUUUUAUUGCCUUUAGAAAGGCAAUAGAACUUGAUAGAUUAAUUGCCUUUACUCAUUGCUUCUGUUUAGGGAUAGUUUUGAGGAAGUGUGCAAUACAGGCUGUAGGGAACCAUGCAGAGGUACAUUCUCUCCUAUGUGGAAGUUACUAUUUAUGCCACAGGAGUAGUUUAGGAGUUGUUCUUGAGAAGACCUGUGGGCUUGUGCAACGUGCCGAAGGAUUUUAGGCUGGAAGUCAGAAUUCCCUUCAUUGUUCCCCAAAGAGCAAGGUACCUGUGGUAGCGAUGAAAACAUGCACAGAAGCUCCCUCUCAUUGGAUUUUAUUUCUCUUACCUUCUAAAACUUGAUUUAAUUUUGCAAGGCUUUUGGUACCUUCUGCAAAACCACUACUGCAUUCCUGCAUUUCCCAGGUAAGUGGGUACGCUCUGGGCAUGGGGGAUCGUUUGCUCAGUCUGGCUCUGAGCACAUGAAAUGAGUUCAGAUUUUGAAGACUUUGGGUUUGGGGUUGGUGGUGUUUUUUUGGGAGGGUUUACACUUAAAUUUGUUGUUUUGUUUGUUGUUCUGUUUUUUAAUGGUAACACAGUGUUUAAAGUGAAGUAUUUGCCUCUUCCAGAUAUUCCUGUAAGGGCUUUGUAGAAACAUAAUGGAGUUUGUAACAGAUUUGCAGUUUUCUCAAAACUCAGAUAUUUCACAUAUUAAUCAUCACACCCCCCUCCAAAAUUCCCUGCUAAUUUGAUAUAUUUUUUUAUGAAAGAGUCUCCCCUCUUGUGUGAAACCCCCUGGGGAAGAGGCUAUGGACAAAACCAUUGGCAAACAGCAGAAACUGGCUUCAGACAAAAUGCUGUCAUACAUAGCAAAUGAAGAGACAGGAAAAAACAUUUCUGUAAUUUUCCAGCAGAGAUUUUACUUAUAAUAAGAGUGGAAGGCACAUUUCCAGAUAGAGACAGAACAUACUUCACGAGUGGAGAGGAAACGCCGAGACUCGUUCGGGAUGUUUGACGGUUAUGAUAGUUGUAGUGAGGACACCAGCAGCAGCUCCAGUUCAGAUGAGAGUGAGGAGGAGGUUGCUCCUUUGCCAUCCAGUCUCCCAAUUAUCAAGAACAAUGGGCAAGUUUAUACUUAUCCAGAUGGCAAAUCUGGCAUGGCCACAUGUGAGAUGUGUGGGAUGGUUGGUGUCCGUGACGCUUUUUACUCUAAAACAAAGCGCUUCUGCAGCGUGUCCUGCUCCAGAAGCUACUCCUCCAACUCCAAGAAGGCCAGCAUUCUGGCCAGGCUUCAGGUAGGUAAACCUCCAACAAAGAAGGCUAAAGUUCUACAAAAACAGCCUUUGGUGGCUAAAUUAGCAGCAUAUGCUCAGUACCAGGCAACUCUGCAAAACCAGGCAAAGACGAAAGCAGCAGCUGUCCCCGUGGAAGGUUUCAGCUGGGGUAACUACAUCAAUAGCAAUAGCUUUACAGCAGCUCCUGUUACCUGCUUUAAACACGCACCUAUGGGGACGUGCUGGGGUGAUAUUGCAGAAGGAGUGCGAGUGGAGGUUCCAAACACUGACUCCAACCUACCUACCAAAGUCUUCUGGAUAGCUGGAAUUGUGAAAUUAGCAGGCUACAAUGCCCUGCUGAGAUAUGAAGGCUUUGAAAAUGAUUCAAGUCUUGACUUUUGGUGCAACAUUUGUGGGUCUGACAUCCACCCAGUUGGUUGGUGUGCAACCAGUGGGAAGCCCCUAGUUCCUCCUCGAACCAUCCAACACAAAUACACAAACUGGAAAACUUUUCUAGUGAAACGACUUACUGGUGCCAAAACACUUCCUCCUGACUUUUCUCAGAAGGUGUCUGAGAGUAUGCAGUACCCCUUCAAAACUUCCAUGAGAGUAGAAGUUGUUGACAAAACCCACCUUUGCCGAACAAGGGUGGCAGUGGUUGAGAGUGUCAUUGGGGGCCGGCUGAGGUUGGUGUAUGAAGAAAGUGAAGACAAAACUGAUGACUUCUGGUGCCAUAUGUACAGUCCACUCAUCCAUCACAUUGGCUGGUCUCGAAGCAUAGGACACAGAUUCAAAAGAUCUGAUAUUACAAAGAAACAGGAUGGACAUUUUGAUGCACCCUCACACUUAUUUAUGAAGGUAAAAGAGGUUGAUGCAGCUGGAGAAUGGUUUAAAGAAGGAAUGAAAUUGGAAGCUAUAGACCCCUUAAACCUUUCAGCAAUAUGUGUGGCAACUAUUAGAAAGGUGUUAGCAGAUGGCUAUCUUAUGAUUGGGAUUGAUGGCUCAGAAGCAGCAGAUGGGUCUGAUUGGUUUUGUUACCAUGCCACUUCCCCUUCUAUUUUCCCUGUUGGUUUCUGUGAAAUUAACAUGAUUGAACUAACUCCACCCAGAGGUUAUGCAAAACUCCCUUUUAAAUGGUUUGACUACCUCAGGGAAACUGAUUCAAUAGCAGCACCUGUAAAGCUCUUCAAUAAGGAAGUUCCAAACCAUGGGUUUCAUGUUGGAAUGAAGCUGGAGGCUGUUGAUCUGAUGGAGCCUCGCCUGGUGUGUGUGGCCACAGUCACCCGCAUUAUCCAUCGGCUCCUGAGGAUACACUUCGAUGGCUGGGAGGAUGAGUAUGAUCAGUGGGUGGAUUGUGAGUCCCCAGACCUGUAUCCCGUGGGAUGGUGCCAGCUCACUGGGUACCAGCUCCAGCCUCCAGCACCACAGUCAUCAAGGGAUAGCCAGUCAAGUUCAUCCAAACAGAAGAAAAAAGCUAAGUCGCAACAGUACAAAGGACAUAAGAAAAUGACUUCAUUGCAGCUGAAGGAGGAGUUGCUGGAUGGAGAAGAGUACAGCUUCCUUCAGGGAGCGUCCGACCAGGAAAGCAACGGAUCUGCCAGCUACUACAUCAAACAGGAACCGUGAGGCAGCUCCGAAGAGUGAGAGGCAGAGGAUUGGUGAUGGGAGAAGAGCCUUUCUCCAAGACUGACUGAUGUUGUUCCCACUUGGAUGGUGCAGUUGGGGUGACUGUGCCUGGGGCACUUUGCUGACUGUAGAUGAGUUAGACUCAGUUCAGAAUUUUUUGGAAGGGCGGGGAAACUAUUUUAGUGAAAAAGAUUUUUCAAUUUAUUAAAAACAAAAAAAAUGGACACUUUUGUGUUGUAUUUGAAGCUUUUGAAAGAAUUUUGUAAUAUUUUCAAGUUCAGAUUUAUUGUGCAUUGUUAACAAGAACUGAAAUUCUAAUUUUUUGGUAAGAUUAAAGUUUAAUUAGCAUGGUUGUGGGAAGUGGUUGGAGGAAGAUAUAGUUGCAAAUACAAAUGAACUGUCAUAACAAAUGAACCUUUUUGGUACAAGUUGGGAGACUUUUAAGACUCUUGUGAACUGCACUGGUCACGCCUCUGUUUUUCAUUGUGAAAAUAAGGCGUUUAAGGCCUAAUUUAGAGGCAUAAAUUGUAUGUGGAAGAUAGUCCUGUAAAGCUCUACUCAGUGAGUAGCCCCAAGUGCAACGGAGCCAUCACCUGAGGAGGAUUUUAACUUUUCAAGAUGUUUUUGUUUAGUUUAAAAUACCUUUUUUUUAUAUAUAAGGUUUUGUUUUUUAAUGUUCCUUAGGGUCUGAUUCAGUGCCCAUUAAUAUCAGUAGCCUUGUCGUCGACUGCAGUGGGCACUGGAUUGGGUCUGCAAAACUCUUGUCUGUACAUGAAUGUCUGUAGUCUUGGAAUGCUUCAGCACAUGUUUACAGAGCCCUAUGCCAAACUGGAACUUUAGAAAAUUCCCUCAUUUGGAAGAUUAGUUUUAGCUCUGAAUUUCGACUGAAGAAGCAGCUUAAAUGGACAGUAACUAAGGACUCCCUUGGUGGUGGUAAGGAGCUUGUGAGUAUUCUUCUGACUAUCUUUUUCCAUUCAGAAAGCCCUAGAUGUUUCCUUACCAUCUUGAAUAUUUAUCUGUGGACAUUGAGAACUGAUGUUCCACGUGGUUUCAGGUGAGCUGAAAGGAGCCAUGUAUUGUGGAUUAAAAAAUGACUUCAGCCUUGCAUAGCCUGCAAUAUUCAUGUCUUGCUGCAGUAGUGUAAUGUGGGAGUUGAGACUUGAGAACAGUAUAAAAUCGUAUAUUUUUCAGUAUAUAAUUCAUAAACUGGAUUUGCUUAUUGCCUGGAAUUCUUGUCUCACAUCAAGUAUUCCACAAGCCCCACGUGUUCACUGUACUGACUUUUACGAGGUAAAAGUCACAUAAAGGGGUGAAAACGAUGACCAGUCAAACACAAGGUGUUUUUGCAGGAGCUCUUAAUAAUUUGGAUUUUCUUUCCAUAUUUUUAACCUUUCAACAUUUUUGUAAAUGACCUCAUUCGUGGAGUUGAUGAGUGAAGUGGUUAAACAGCCCUGCAGAGCUGUGACUAGGAAAAUGUGCAUCAAGAGCUUUAGCUUUUACCAGUAAGGUUCAUUAACUAAACUCUCAGGAAUUAACUGCAUAUGUUCUAUAAGUGCUUCUGGGUCUUCGCAGGUCCCCUUCAGAGCAGUACAAUGAUAUCUGACUCUAGACCAUAAAUUAGGGCUUAAAAAAAAAAAUCCAUCAAAGUUAUUAACAUCUGUGUUCCUACAGCCUAAGAAAUGCUUUAAGGAUACCAACCCACAGAGCCCCAGGAGACCAUUUUUGUAUAUUGUUGUUUGAGCUUAAAAAAAAAAAAAAG